AUGAAUCCUCAACAUUUCUUUCUUAUUGAUUGUCGUUAUCCACACGAAUGUAAUGCUGGACAUAUUUACAGUGCUAUUAAUUUAUCAGAUUGGCCAAAACUUUAUAAAUAUUUUUUUGGUAUAAAUCAACAAUCUACUGAAACUACUGAAAUGGAUCUAAGUAACUCAUUAUAUUCAACGGAACAACUGAUUAAACCAUAA